AUGCACCCUCACACGCUCUCUCACGCGCCCUCUCACGCACACUCUCACACGCACUCUCACACGCACUCUCACACUCACUCUCACGCGCUCCCUCUCGCGCACUCUCACGCGCAAUCUCACACGCUCUCUCACGCGCACUCUCACGUGCACCCUCACGUGCUCUCUAACGCGCACCCUCACAAGUCUCUCACGCGUCUCCCACGUGCACUCUCACGCGCCCUCUCACGCACUCUCACGCGCACUCUCACGCGCACACUCACGCGCACUCUCACGCACACACUCACGCGCUCUCUCACGCGUUCUAGCACACGCUCUCUCCUGCGCUCUCUCACACCCGCUCUCACACGCACUCUCGUGUGCUCUCUCACGCGCUCUCUCACGCGCACACUCAUGCGCACACUCACAUGCCCCUUCACGCGCUCUCUCACGCGCACUCUCACGCGCACCCUCACGCGCUCUCUCACGUUCUCUCUAACGAGCUCUCUCACGCGCACCCUCAUACGCACUCUCACACGCUCCCUCACACGCUCUCUCACACGAUCUUUCACGCUCCCUAACGCGCACUCUCACGCGCACUCUCAUGCGCUCUCUCACGCGCUCUCUCAUGCACUUGCGCACGCGCUCCCUCACGCGCUCUCUCACGCGCCCCCUCACGCGCUCUCUCAUGCGCCCCCUCACGCGCUCUCUCAUGCGCACUCUCACGUGCUCUCUCACGCGCACUCUCACGUGCUCCCUCACGCGCUCUCUCACGCGCUCUCUCACGCGCUAUCUCACGCGCUCUCUCACUCGCUCUCUCACGCGCUCUCUCACGCGCUAUCUCACGCGCUCUCUCAUGCGCACUCUCACGCGCACACUCAUGUGCACUCUCACGCACACACUCACGCGCACUCUUACGCGCACACUCAUGUGCACUCUCACGCACACACUCACGCGCACUCUUACGCGCACACUCACGCGCUCUCUCACGCGCACACUCACGCACUCUCUCACGCGCUCUCUCCCCACUCUCUCACGCGCACUCACGCGCUCUCUCACGCGCAAUCUCACUCGCUCUCUCACGCGCACUCUCACGCGCUCUCUCACGCGCACUCUCCUGCGCGUUCGCUUCCUUGCACACGCUCUCCCUCGCUCUUCGUCUCUCCCCUUCUUCAAAUGAAAGUGCAAUGCAAGAGGAGACCAAUGACACACAAAAUUUACAAAGAAGCAAAAAUUAAGUCAGGAAAUAUCAGAGGCGGAAGGGUGGAUGAAAGGACCGGGAACGCACCUGAUAACAACGGUGCCUCAGAAAACAACCCGCGCUGGCGCACCAACCCGCGCUCGUGCACCAGCCCGCGCUCGCGCACCAACCCGCGCUCGCGCACCCACCCGCGCUCGCGCACCAACCCGCGUUCAUGCACCAGCCCGCGCUCGCACACCAACCCGCACUCGCACACCAAGUCUCGCUUGCGCUCGUGCACCUGUCGCCGGAGGCGACGGCGGGAGGGAAGGAGAGGCGAUGGCGAGGAGGAGGGAGAGGCGACGGCGGGGAGGAGGGAGAGGCGGGGGCGGGGAGGAGGGAGAGGCGGCGGCGGGGAGGAGGGAGAGGCGACGGCGGGGAGGAGGGAGAGGCGACGGCGGGGAGGAGGGAGAGGCGACGGCGGGGAGGAGGGAAACGCGACGGCGGGGAGGAGGGAGAGGCGACGGCGGGGAGGAGGGAUACGCAACGGCGGGGAGGAGGGAAAGGCGACGGCGGGGAGGAGGGAGAGGCGACGGAGGGGAGGAGGGAGAGGCGACGGCGAGGAGGAGGGAGAGGCGACGGCGGGUAGGAAGGAGAGGCGACGGCGGGUGGAAGGGAGAGAGGACGGCGUGGUGGGAAAGAAAGGAUGGCGGGGUGGAGGUAGAGAUUAUGACGAGGUGGGUGGUGGGAGAAAGAGGCAAGAGCGUUCUCGUCCUGCUGCUAACAACCCAAUUUCCAACAAUGUUGAUGGUCAGCCUGCACUGGAUCAGCACUCGCGAAGCGUCAGUACUGACAAUGAAGCUCAGAAGAACAACAUUUCUGCGGUGACUGACAAGCUCAAAGGCAUUGAUGUCUCCGUACCUGGUGGAUCUGGUCUCUCUGCUGACAAGGCCGCCAUGACUGCUUAUGGUGACUCGGAUGAGGACUCGGAUGAUGAGAUGCUGAUCGAUUUGGACAAGGAGGCUGAGUCCCGGCUGCGUUCUGUCGUUAUCCUGCUGAUUCCAAUGAUGCUUGAAAAGGAGAUCUCAUCUGUGAUUGAAACUGUCAUGGCAUUAAUCAAACGUGGUUGGUAUACAGAGUUAUCUGACGGCGCUGCAGCAACGACCAAGUUUCAGGAACUGCUUCCCGCUUACGUCGCCAAAACGCGCUUCUGUCGUCUGCAGGUCUCCUUCAUCAAGGAGUCCGAUGCGCUUUGGGUGCAGAAAAAGGACGUGGUGUAUCAGCCGCUCACGAACAUGGGUCAGCUGGUCACGCUGCAUUGGCUGCAUGCUGAGGACUUGUCUUACGCUCGUGAGAAGGCGAUGAAUCCGCUCGCCAUUGAAGUCAUGAUCCGUGGUGUCUCUGCUGCUGUUGAACUGGAUCUGCUUCAUGAUCGCCUGGCAACUUACAAGCUGAAGAGUACCCAGAAACCGGCCUUCUUGCGGUGCACGUGUCUUCACCGAGUGCUGCACCCAGUUACUGGUGCUGAUACUGAUGUGGUCAAGGCGCUGGUCUACGCGCACCCGGGCUCGACUGCGUCGCUGAAAGCAUCCUCGCUGGUGCUCCCCAUCCUCCGCGAUCCAGCCAUUGCCCUUGUUUCCACCGGCGGCAGCAGGGAGGACUGGAUAUGCACACAGGCAGGGUGCGGGAAGGCGAAGGGGAAGAGUUUUAUGUCAGCGGCCGAUCACAUCACUGUUGCUGCUCAUCUGCAGCAGCUGGAAAAGCCGGGUUCUGCCACAAAGGCAUCUCUUGACAGGCUGAACCUCACUGCCAUCCGCAAAGACUACAACCUGUGA